GCAUGUGGAAUCCGCCAUUGCUGCUUCAGCAAGUUAUGCAAGUGAAGAGCAAGUCGUCAUCUGAAUCACAGGCAAAAUCAAAUGGUUUGAAGCUCAAGAUAAAGUGCAAGAAGAAACCACAGCAAAUGAGAUUCAGUGAGGGGAUGCUAGUGGAGGUCAAGAGGUAUGAGAAAGGCUUCGAAGGUUCUUGGUUCAUUGCUGUUAUUGUUAAACCAUUGGAAGACGAGAAGUAUUUGGUGGAGUAUAGAACUUUAAGAACUGGUGACCAGACUGAAUAUUUGAGAGAAGAAGUGCAUGCUUCUUGCAUCAGGUGCACCCCACCUGUUAUAAGGCGUGUUAAGCCUUUUGAGUCUCUGGAACGUGUUGAUGCUUGGUCUAAGAGUGGCUGGUGGGAGGGUUACAUUGUUGAAGUCCUGAAUGGCGGUUCGUACAUGGUUCACUUGUGCACAAAUGAAGAUCUGAUAUUGGAGCAUCGUAAACUGAGGCCUCAUCAAGAAUGGAUCGAUGGUAAAUGGUUUUCAGAUCUUAAGGUAGAGAAGACUGAAUUGAACGUUAAGCCCAACAACAAGAAGUUGAAGAUUAAAAAUAGGCAAACUGCAGAGCCAAUCUUCAGGGAGGGGAUGAUGGUGGAGGUGAGAAGUGAUGAAGAAGGCUAUCACGGCUCUUGGUUCACUGCUGAGAUAGUUUGCUCGUUAGCCUCCGGUGAAUUUUUGGUUGAGUACCAGACGUUGAAAACAGACGAUGAAUCUGCACUGCUUCGAGAAGAGGCGCUUGCUUCAUAUAUCAGGCCUUGCGCCCCUGAAAUCAUGAGGAUUGACUGUUACAUGUUGCUGGAAGAAGUUGACGCGUGGUAUAAUGAUGGGUGGUGGGUUGGCCUCGUCUCUAAAGUUCUUGAUGAUCGAAGAUAUGGUGUGUAUUUCUGGACAACGAACGAGGAAAUCUUUUUUAAUCACUCUGAUUUAAGGUCUCAUCAAGAUUGGAUUGGUGGCAAAUGGACUGCUGCAAUGAUGAAAAAAGCGGAGUUGCGAGUCAACAACAGACAAGUUAUAAAAUUUGGAGAGCACGACAGAAUGGGAGUAGAACCAUUCAUUGUGAAUGGGAUGAAGGCAGAGAUAAAAGGUGAUCAUGGCGACAAAAACGAGGGCAUUUGGUACCCUGCUAUUAUUCUGAAAUCACUAGGCAUAAGAAACUAUCUAGUUCAAUACCAAACCUUAAUUAACGAAUACGGAACACAACUGCACCAAAAAGCUUUCGGCCCGUGCAUAAGGCCUUCCCCUUCGGUCAUCCAAAGAAGAGAUUCCUAUAAGCCAUUUGACAGAGUUGAUGCUUGGCAUAACAAUGGGUGGCGUGUUGGUCGAGUCCAGAAAGCCUCUCCGAGCAGAAAUUACACUGUCUAUUUCAACGCGACAAAUGAGAUGAUGGAGUUUCAGCAUUUUGAGUUGAGACCUCAUCAAGAUUGGAUACAAGGGCAGUGGGUUUUGGCUAUAAGGGGCUCUUAGUCGCACUCAAGGUGAAGAUAGCUAACUUGUCCCAUGGUGAAUCUAACAACUUGAUUCGUGGUGCGUUGAAACUAAUCGAAGCUGACUAAUUUGUCUCAGGUGACAUUGCCUCGUGUUAAUGUGGUCCUAGCUACGGGUUUAACUUA